CUCCUAUCACUUCUGAAAACUGAGGACCGCGGGUAGAAUAAUCUACGGAGCACGGCCUUCCUUCUUCGGAAACUCUCACCUCCAUUCCAAACCCCGACAAAGUGGACGUUCCCACUGGGAGCACUCGAUGCGUGCUAGGGAGUGCUUCCCCCUCUUUUCCCUGCUUCCCCCGAUCGUCAUUGUAUGAUUUCUUCCCUUGAAACUCUGUUGCCUAGUUCCAGCGACAAAUUCAUAUAUCCCGUGUAUCAUCUCCAGAGACUUGGGGGGGUUGUCUACUGCUGCAUACACACUCCAGGCCCGUGCCAGACGAGCCUACGGGAUACACGGUUGGAAUUCUUGGAGGCAUAUCAGCAUUCCCCUCAACAGACCAAAUACACAUAUCGAGACCAGACGCCCGUUCGCCACCAUGGGGGCUAGAUUUACGACGGCCAUUCUGUUGGCGACGUUCCCCUUCAUCUCCCUCAUAGGUGCAACCUGCUAUUCGCAAUCGCCUGUAUUCUUGCCGCCGACGUAUUCGAAAUCCCAUCCCGAGCUUCUGGAAGCAUUUCGGCACAUCGGGGCGUCGGUAUCGUCACUUUUUGCCACACACCCCGACCUCAAUGCAUCGUCUUGCUCAAUCGAGAUCACUUCUCCCCACUCAACGCUCUGGUCCGCCUUCCACACCGCCUCCGAGAAAGACCCCGAGAGGCCAGGAGCCGAGCAGGUUGACGGGAGCAGUGUCUACCGCAUUGCCAGCAUCACCAAGGUCUUCACGGUCUUGGGGAUAUUGCAACAACACGCGGCCGGAAACCUCAGUCUCGAUGAUCCCGUGGACAUGUACAUCCCAGCCCUGACGACUUCUCGGCACCAGAGCGGCACCAUUCCAUGGGAGGGUAUCACCUUGAGGUCGCUGGCGAGCCAACUGUCCGGCAUCCCGCGCGACUGGGCGCAGAGCGAUUUGCUCACAGCCUUUCCGGACCCCAGCGUCAUUGGCCUGCCUCCCCUGCCUCCGUCCGCGCCAGAACGGUCGGGCCUCCCAAAGUGCGACUCGUACGGGAAGUACAAGCCGUGCACGGCGACAGACCUGCUGCACUAUCUCUCCGACAUGCCACCCGUGUUCAUGCCGAACCAGAAAUCCACGUACUCGAACAUCGCCUUUGAGUUGCUGGGCCUCGUCCUCGCCAACGUCACGGGGCGAGACUAUGAAGACUACAUCGAGUCCUCCAUCCUCCGCCCCCUGAACAUGACAUCGACGUCAUUUCGCAAACCGCCAGAUGCCGUCGCCGUCCUCCCCAAGGGCGAUGCCUGGUACUGGGAUGUCGACGAAGGGGUGCAGAACCCCACCGGAGGCCUAUACUCGGCUUCCAGUGACAUGUCGCUGUUCCUGCGCCACGUGCUGAAGACGUACCGCAACGUCGCCAAUUGCCGGGUCAAUUGGCUCCUGCCCGUCUCUUUCACGCCGGGGUGGAAGUCGUUCUACGGGAUGCCGUGGGAGCUUCUGCGCGCGGACCGCAUCCUGCCGAGGGACCCGGCCAGGACGGUCAGCUUCUUCACGAAAGGGGGCGGGUUACCGGGCUAUCGAACGCUGAUUCUGCUGGUGCCGGAGUACGAGCUGGGAAUCACCAUCUUCACCGCGGGCGACGAGACUUUCGUGGACCAACUCGUGGAAAUGGUGACGGUGCCCCUGAUCCGUGCCGCAGACCGGCUUGCGGCACGCCAGGUCGAGGACAGAUACUCGGGUGCCUUCACCGCCACCGGUCCUAGCGGCAGCAGCACCAUCAACUCCUCGCUCCAGCUCGCCUACUCGGACGCGCACGGCCUGGAGAUCACGACGUGGAUCUCCAACGGCACGGACAUGUUCUCUAUCAUCCCUGCCCAGUUUCGCCUGCCCAAGAACCACCCGUUCCACCUCCAACUCGUCCCCACGUCGCUCUACCGGGACCAGGACGCGGAGCAGGGCGAACUGUGGAGGAUCGCGGUGACCUUGGACCGUCCCGGCGGCCCUGGCAAAGUGGCCUCGCGGCCGCUACGACAGCAAGGAGGAGAGGGACAGCAGCCGUUGUCGUCAAGCCCGCCGGCACCGGCGUUCCGCGUGUGGGAGGACUUUUGCGUCAGCGACGUCGACACGAUGAUGUACGCUGGAAAGCCCUUGAACGAGAUCGUGUUCUGGGACGAGCGAGCUAUGGCAGCGGCAGCGGCAGGGGACAGCGAGGGCGUAGACAAUAGCGAGCAGGACGGGGGGAGGUAUGGCAUGGUGGAAUUGACGGCGUUUCGAAUCAACAUGACCCGUUGCGGUGGUGGAGGGAGCAGGUAUGUUCGUGGUUACAGUGGUGGUGGUGACGGUGAGAAGAAGGCCCAUCACGACGACUAUGAUGAUCACCACCGUUGACAAGCUUGUCUUUCGGGACGUGUAGAGGCAGGCAGGCGGUCGAUCCCCAAGCUGGGCUGUACCAGAACCAAAACAAGAACGCAACAAUGAGGGACAACGACAAGGACUGAGCCAGGGAUGGGAGAUGGGGUGCUAAAAAAGGAGGGAAGGUCUACAAACUCAAGGGAACGACAUGACACGACACGACAGUCCAUUCAUUACCCAUCCACCCAUUCUCCUGUCUCGUGCCUGACGGACCUCUAGAGAAGGCGACUAGCUGGCCCGCCGACGGCCUGAGUCCAAAGGAAUCCGGGCUUCUCGUGUCUCAAUGUCUCUAAGAAAGUUCAUGUCUCUGCAGGACGUGGCAUCCUGCGUAUAGUACAGCCUGUAGGUACUCUGUCUGUACCGCUGUGCCGUCUGGCGCGGCCGCGCCCUGUGGACGCCCUUUUGUCGAACAGCAAGAAUCUACCACCAAGCACACCUGUGCAGGCAUUUCCCUCGCGACGACGCCACACGCCGAACACUGUCCAUCGCAACACCACCGUUGAACUCCGGGUAGCUAUCCUCCCACGCGCAGAAAUCAAGCUCGACCUCGACCUCGACCUCGACGUCUUACCUCCCUGGUGGCAAGGCCGCCCUCGGUCCAUCUGCCGCCGCGGCGGUGGUGACCCUCUUACUGUGUCGCCUUCAUCACCGCACCGUACAGCCUCCCAUCCCUCAACGCCCCAUAAAUGACAGAGAUCCACGACCCGAUCGUCUUGACCGGCCGCCCAUCCAAGCUAUCCAACUUAACGGGGUCCUCGAUGUGGCCGCGGUGGAAGGGCACGCCCAGUUCCUCACGCACGAAGCGGUACAGGACUUUGGUGCCUUUGCCC